AUGGAAAACACCAGUUCAGGUGACCCUUCUGCAUCUCGUCUCAGCGCAGUUUCCAUGAAGCUUCCCCCAUACUGGCCCGCUGACCCUGCUCUGUGGUUUGCCCACAUUGAGUCACAAUUUGCAACCCGUGGAAUCGUCAGCCAGCUCACCAAAUUCCAUUACGUCGUGUUCGCUUUGUCCCCCAACGAGGCCGCAGAAGUUCGCGACAUUAUUAUGACCCCUCCCACGUCAGGCCCGUACGACGGACUCAAAGAGGAGCUUAUCCGCAGGACAACAGCCUCUGAAGAACGACGCCUUCAGCAACUGAUUACUUCGGAAGAAUUAGGCGAUCGAAAACCGUCGCAGCUCCUUAGACGCAUGCAACAACUUCUGGGCGAUCGCGCGACAUCUCUCGAUGCUUCCAUCGUGGGCGAGCUUUUCUUGCAACGACUCCCAUCCAACGUUCGCUUGAUACUGACCAGCUCUGAAGGCAUUACCCUACAAGCCUUUGCACAGUUGGCCGAAAAAAAAUAUGGACAACAUGUCCUUGCCCAUGUCAGCUCCGGCGUUGUCGUCUAUAUCCAGCGAGCAGUCCGAGCUGGCAAAGUUGCGUGCGGAUCUCGAAAAGCUCACCGAUCUUGUCACAACCAGCCUUCGAAAUCCCCGCUCCCGCAGCCCAAGUCCUGCACGCACGCGCAAUUGGACUCCGCAGUUCCGCCGCCGCAGUCGUUCAAAGCCGUCCGAUCCCAACAGCAACUUCUGCUGGUACCACGCUACCUUUGGCGACUGUGCUCGCAAGUGCACCCCACCAUGUUCGUUUGCGGGAAACGGACCGGCCAACAACUGAUGGCGACCAGCUGUGUUGGCACCUCUUGUCGCCGCCCAUCCCUCUUUUUCAUCAUGGACCGACUCACAGGCGUCCGGUAUCUCGUCGAUACCGGUGCCGAAGUUAGCGUCGUUCCUCCUGCACCCGGCGACAAGAAACGAUGCAUCGCAUCCACCCUCGAAGCCGCAAACGGCUGUCCCAUCCCCACAUACGGCGAGCGCUUGGGUACCCUUGACCUUGGUCUCCGUCGAAACUUUCGAUGGGUGUUUCUUGUUGCCCAGGUUAAGCAUCCCAUCAUUGGUGCCGAUUUUUUGGCACAUUUUUGCCUUCUCGUCGACAUGAGCCGACGCGGCCUUUUGGACACUCAGACGAACCUUACAUUCAGUCUUCUCCAUUUAUGCUAA